CCGAACAAUCUCGCGAUGUUUACGUUUGAGGUCGAACAUGUGCUUGGAUGGCGGCGAUAGCGUCAAUUUAAAUGAUCUAUACAGGUCCAAAAUGAUUUGUGAUGAAACAUUUUGAUUGCGUGAGAGGAUAAAAAGGAUUUUUCUUCUCUAGCCUGCUCAAAACCGCAUCCUCAAUGGUUUUGUUUAAGUACGAUAGACUGCGUUCAUUAGCUUCAUAACUUUGCUUAAUAUUUGCAGUAUGGUCUAGCUCUAGCCCAAAUGGCUGAAUAGGACAUGUUUAAAACUAGACUGCCGUUAAGGAUCUUGGCUAGCAGUAGACUUUUCAUACCAACAAACGGUGGUCUUUUACAAUCAAUUUCCAAUAUGACUGAAAAGAACGAAACUCCUGCCAAUCUCUUGAAACGUUCCAAUGUGGAAAGUGAUGCUCACCCAACUAAAAGAACCAAAUCCGUGGGAGACAACACUGAAGACGAAAGGCGAUACCCCAAAAAGAAAGUAAUUCUUCUUAUGGCAUACUGUGGCAAGGGCUAUUAUGGAAUGCAGAGAAAUCCUGGGAACACGCAGUUCAGGACCAUAGAAGAUGAUCUUGUUACAGCUCUUAUUAGAGCAGGCUGUAUUCCUGAAAACCAUGGCGAUGAAAUGAAAAAGAUGUCUUUCCAAAGAUGUGCCAGGACUGAUAAGGGUGUGUCAGCAGCAGGCCAAGUGGUUUCUCUGAAGCUGUGGCUGAUUGAAGAUAUUGUUGAAAAGAUCAACAAGCACCUGCCACCUCAAAUCAGAAUCCUUGGUCUGAAGCGAGUUACCCAAGGCUUCAAUUCCAAAAACAACUGUGACGCUCGGACAUAUUCUUACAUGCUUCCAACAGUGGCCUUUUCUCAUAAAGACUACAACAUCACCGAUAAAGCAGCCUUUCGCCUUGAUCCAGAAACGCUCCAGAAGGUUAAUCAUCUGUUUGCGAGAUACAAAGGAACCCACAACUUCCACAAUUUCACAUCCCAGAAGGCUCCAAAGGACCCCAGUGCCCGUCGCUACAUCACGGAAAUGUCCUGCGGAGAGCCCUUUAUCCUCAGUAAUAAUGAAUUUGCUGUCAUCAAGGUACGAGGCCAGAGCUUUAUGAUGCAUCAAAUACGCAAGAUGAUCGGACUUGUGAUCGCAGUCAUUAAGGGAUAUGCAGAGGAGAGCGUCAUGGAGCGGAGCUGGGAACAGGAAAAAGUGGAUGUACCCAAAGCCCCAGGACUUGGCUUGAUCCUGGAGAGGGUCCACUUCGACAGGUAUAACAAACGCUUCGGAGGAGACGGAGUACACGAAUGUCUCGAAUGGGACAGUGAAGAAGGAGCUAUCAAGACGUUCAAGGAGGCUCACAUUUAUCCUACCAUUGUGGAGACUGAGUGUCAGGAGGGCUCCAUGUGCAGCUGGAUGGCUACAUUGCCCAUACAUGACUUCCAAGGCACAGCAACUCAAACGCGGAGCAUGAAGGAGCAGAAACAGGAAGAGGCAGAUUUUGCUAUUGACUCUGAUUAAGAAGACAUCCUGCAGACUUUCAUGAAAACGAUUUGCAUCUUCUUACAUACUUCAUAUUUUAGUUUUAUGUUUUUUGUUGUUGUUUUUUUUUAAAUAUGUCUAUUAGUUAGGUUUACUCAUUGGGGUGUUUAUAAUUUUUAUUACACAAACUGAAGAGUUAAAGUACUCUAAUAAAACCCCUUAUUGUUAUUCAACCAUGGCCAAAUGGUUUGACUAUUGUAUAUAUGGUAAUAUCAGGCGUCUAAAAAUGGGUUAUUGAGCACUUUUUGCUAUGUAGUACAAGAUAAAGUGCAUCAAAUGGGAGGCUGACAGUGAUUUGAAGAAACUUGAAUAUAAUACUUUGUUAUUUUGUGCACUUGUGAUUCUGAUUUCCAUGGCACUGGCCAUUUCCAGAUAUUGUUCCAUCAAAUAUAUAUAUAAUAAAACAUCUCUGAGUUCUACAUCAA